GUGUAUAUAUUCUGUACGGAAUGUAGUCAUUUUGGAAGUCAAGUGUGAUAAUCGAAAGGCUUUCGCAGAGUCCGCAUCCUCAGCGUUUACAGAUCCAAUCCGCGGAAAUGACCAACGAAGAAACUUUUCCAACCAUCAAAUGCCGGCAAAGAUUUAUGGGGCAACAUCGAGUGUCUAUUCGAAAGCAAAGCACCGCUGAUUCACCUUCCCAAAACCUUCGCCGCUCAGGCCGCUUACAGCAGCGAGUUCAAAUGCGAGGUUCAAAUGGCAAGGAAAAUCACACUGGUGGGACCCACGCCGAGGACUCUGCUAAUGUUAAGCCAUCAUUUAGGAGUCCUGGCUCAUCCUUAUCACGAGAUGAUGAACUUAUACAAGCAGCAUUGGAUCUUGAAAAAAACUGGAAUGCUGGAAGUCCAAGAGAAGAUGUUUUAAAAUCUCUUUGUUUGAACAAUAUUAAGGCGACUUCCAGUUCUAGUGGGAUCACAAUUGAAGAAGUUAAUCAGUUUAAUCCUUCUAGUGAAGACAAGAAGGGCUCAAGUUCUGCAGCAAGGGAAUCUAGUGGUGGUAGUGUGGACCAGGUGACAUUGCAUAGAAUGGCAUCUCCUGAAAAGUCUAAGAGCUCAUCUGUUAUUACAGAUCCUAUCCUUAAUUUGUUCAAUAAACCUUUGUAUAGUGGCUGUAAAGCGCUGCUCAAUGGACGCAAGAGAGAAAGGCCUUUGUCUAUAAACAAUCCAGAUUCAGAUACUUCUGUACACCCUGUUACAAAGAAAGUUGUGGGUUCCCAUAAGUGUUCACCUGUCAUAAAUGAAGGCCAGCAAUUAUCUAGUGUUCAGAAAUGUCAAAAAGCAAGAUCCACAGUUAAAUGGCAGGUUAGAACUUUGCAUAAGCUGGAUAAAACUUUGGAAACAUCAACAAGUUCCAUUGUUCUUAGUCCAAACGGUCAAAAUCUGUUGCGAAAAAAGAAGCUUUUUCAAUCCAUUUGUUCCUUGCCUGUGCUGACACCACCUCCUGGCCUCAGUCAAAGUCUGUUAGAUGGCAGCAAACUCAGUGACUCCCUGACAGCAACAGGGCAACGUGGGCAGGUAGCUGCCCCCACACAACAAUCAAUGCUACUGCUUUCUAACUGGGGGCUGCCCAAAGCAGUUCUGGAGAAAUAUCAGAGCAUGAAGGUGGUGAGCAUUUUUGAAUGGCAAGCUGAAUGUCUUACCCAACAUCGUGUGUUAGAGGGACGAAACUUGGUUUAUUCAGCCCCUACCAGUGCCGGAAAGACACUUGUUGCAGAGUUGCUAAUUCUAAAGGGAGUUCUGGAAAGGAGGAAGAAAGCGCUGUUCAUCCUGCCGUUUGUUUCUGUGGCAAAGGAGAAAAUGUAUUACCUGCAGAACUUAUUUCAAGAGGCCAUGGUGAGAGUGGAGGGAUAUAUGGGAAGUACAUCACCUGCUGGGGGAUUUUCUUCGCUGGACAUAGCUGUGUGCACAAUUGAGAAAGCAAAUGGACUUAUCAACCGAAUUAUUGAGGAGGAGAAAAUGGACCAGAUUGGAAUCGUAGUAGUGGAUGAGUUACAUAUGUUGGGGGACUCGCACAGAGGAUACCUAUUGGAACUUCUCUUAACCAAGAUACUAUUUGUCACUCAAAAGAGUGCAAGAAGACAUAAAACUCCAGCAAGAGAACAGAGACUCAAUGAUGGGAUACAAAUAGUAGGGAUGAGUGCCACUCUUCCGAACUUAGGCAUUGUAGCAACCUGGCUGGAUGCAGAAUUGUAUUGUACUGACUUCAGGCCUGUGCCUCUAAUGGAACUGGUAAAAAUUGGUAAUACAAUUUAUGACUCAAAUAUGACAGUGGUACGGGAAUUUCAACCUGCUCUCCAGAUAAAGGGUGACGAGGAUAAUAUUGUCAGCCUUUGCUAUGAGACUGUGCGGGAUGGCCACUCUGUCCUACUCUUCUGUCCUUCCAAGAAGUGGUGUGAAAAGCUGUCUGAAACUAUCGCCAGAGAGUUUUACCAUCUCCAUCACAGAGCUGCUGUUGGCCGUGAAGGAUUUGUAAAAGCAUCCAAAUUACUCCCUUUCACACUGCAUAAGGAUGAACUCCAGGAGACUGUGGAUCAUCUAAAGCGCUCACCAGCUGGGCUCGAUGCAGUACUAGGCCGCACCGUACCUCAGGGAGUGGGCUUUCAUCAUGCUGGAUUGACUUUUGAUGAACGGGAUAUCAUUGAGGGGGCAUUUCGUCAAGGUUUGAUUCGGGUCCUCGUGGCUACCUCCACCCUGUCCUCUGGUGUAAAUCUACCAGCUCGUCGUGUGAUUGUGCGAUCACCAGUAUUUAAUGGGCAGCUUCUUGAUGUUAUCACCUACAAACAGAUGUCUGGGAGAGCUGGGAGGAAAGGAGUGGACACAAUGGGUGAAAGUAUACUUGUGUGUAAGAAUGCAGAGAGAGCAAAAGGAAUGAGCCUGUUACAGGGCUCGCUGAAACCUGUGCGUAGCUGCCUUGUGAAGAAGGAGGGAGAGGGUGUCACGACCAGCAUGAUCCGAGCUAUCCUUGAGAUAAUAGUGGGUGGUGUUGCCAGUACCCUAGAAGAUGUCCGCGUGUAUGCCUCAUGCACACUGCUGGCUGCCAGUGCACAAGAGGCAGCAUCAAUCCAGGGGAAUGCUAUUGAGGACGCUAUUCAGUACCUAAUGGAGAAUGAGCUUAUUCAAAUACUGGAAGAGGACCGGGAAGGGGAUAAAAUUCAACUGUAUCGACCCACACAGUUGGGAGCAGCCACUCUCGCUUCUUCCCUGUCUCCUCCAGAUGCACUGAGAAUCUUUGCUGACUUACAGAAAGCAAUGAAAGGGUUUGUUUUGGAGAAUGAUCUUCAUAUUCUCUAUCAGAUCACACCUGUCUAUGAAGAAUGGGUAACCAUUGACUGGUAUCAGUUCUUUUGUUUGUGGGAGAACUUGUCAGCCUCAAUGAAGAGAGUAGCAGAACUGGUUGGAAUUGAGGAAGGAUUCUUGGCUCGUUCAAUUAAAGGGAAACUUAUUCCUAAGACUGACAAGCAGCAUAGACAAAUGGCCAUUCACAAAAGGUUUUUCACCAGCCUUGUGUUAUUAGAUCUAAUCAAUGAAGUUCCACUUGGCAUUGUAACAAAGAAAUACCACUGCAGUCGAGGACAGCUUCAGUCUCUGCAGCAGUCUGCAGCAACUUAUGCAGGUAUGAUUACAGUAUUUAGUAAUCGACUUGGUUGGCACAAUAUGGAGCUGCUGCUCUCUCAGUUUCAGAGCCGUCUCAGUUUUGGUAUCCACCGGCAACUCUGUGAUCUAGUGCGAGUUUCCUUGCUGAAUGCACAGCGUGCUCGAGCAUUGUAUGAUACUGGAUUCACCACUGUAUCUGAGCUGGCACAGGGGAACCCUGCUGAUGUAGAAACGGCUCUGAGAAAUGCUGUCCCAUUUAAAAGUUCCAGGAGAGCAGUUGAUGAGAGUGAAUGUGAAGCUCAAGAACGUAGGAAGACACGAUGUGUCUGGGUAAGUGGAAGGAAAGGACUAACUGAGAGAGAUGCUGCUGUCCUGAUUGUGGAAGAGGCUAAAAAUCUCCUAAGACAUGACCUGGCUUCGAUUGGAAUUGAAUGGAACCCUGACCAGGUACUGACAUUGGUAGAGCAGGAGCCUGCACCGGCUGCUGCUGUGUCUGAGAACAGCCUGGAACAUGAUAAUGCGGCAUCCAUAUAUCCAAAUUCAAUGAUAGCUGGGAAAAGCCCCAGAGUUACACAAGUUGCUGGCCCAUUGGAACAUAUUGCCUCCAAGAUUGAAGUAAAUUAUGGCAAGAAUGCAGAAUGCAUGGAUUCCAACUGUGAUAGGGAAACUGUUAACAGGCAACCUGAUCUUCCUGGGGAAAAUAUUUGUCUCCCAGUUGAUGGGCAUUGUAAGACAACCGUGGAGCAUUUGGAUCAGUCAAAAGUUGAGAAGCAUUUUCUGAAUGAAGUUGUAAAAAAUGUUAUCAAUGCGAAUAGUUCCUUUCCGGUAACUAAGGACAAAAGAAGCGGUGGGGAACCUAAAAUGGAGAAGAGUGUUGCAGAAAAUUUGGCUCAAACUUUGCACCAAAUUCAGUAUGACAAUGAUGCCAGUAAUGAUCUAAAUCACAAAGAACACAAACAUCCAGUAAUUAUUAGCAAGCAGAAUAAUAAACAUAGCCCGAAUGUUGUUGAGUGCAAGUCUUCCGAGGUAUGUUCUGCCACAGGAGAGUUUGAUGAAAGCUUUCAGUUGGAUUCACAAAUUGAAAAAAUCAUAGAGCAUGCUGCUGCUGUUGUUGUGGUGUUGUCCACUUGUGAAGAUCAGCAAGAAACUGAAAGCACUAAGUUGUCAGGGAGAGUCCAGUCCAGGUCAGAAAAUGAUGAGAGCUUAGUUAAUGUCGAAACAAGUAUAAAGGAAUCUGGCGGUAAUGCUUCAAAUGGAAAUAAGACAUUGAAAAAUAAGCCUGCUUUAAGAGAGAAAACUCUGCAAUCAGCACGUUGUAGUUUUACUGGUGGUCAGAAACAGAGCUCUGGAAAAGGAGAGUCUUCCAAUUUAGUUAAAUCCAUAAUAAGAUCUCCUAAGAGUCUUCCAGCUCCAUCUUCUGAAACAGAUCUGCCUUUACUGAAAGCCAAUGAUUUUUCUUUAACUGAUACCCAGCUAGAGAAUUUCUUGUUAGAUUACAAGACACCAGCCUCUAUUGAAGAAAGCGUCCCAGUUGUUUCAGUUCAAAAAUUGAACAAUCCAAGUUCCAAUGAUGGAAAACUCAGUUUACAAGAGCUCUGUGCCCAUUCUAGUGCUGAUUAUGAGAUGACUUUGAACAUGAGUGAUAGUUUAUUUGAUAGUUUCACAGAAAUUUCCUCGUGUGAUGACAUGUAUACACAGGGUCUUCCACCUGGCCAGCAACUCCUACCUAAAGCAGAUAUGAACACCGAAAGCUUGCCUUCCUGUAGUCUGGUUGCGGAAGGCAGAAUACAGGAUCAAAGUGACAUACAAAAAACUGUUGCUGAAGCAUGUUUACAUUGGAAUGACUUGUCCUUCAAUCUCUCUGAUUUCAGAGAUUCCUACCAAAAUGGCAAUUCUGUCAAUUGCCUGCAGGGCUUACAGAUGCCUAAUCUGGAUACUGAUACAUCUGAUGUUGCUGAUUGCUUAAGAUUAAAAGAACAGAAGUCGAAUAGUCAGAUAAAAAAUGGCAACCCAGAUCAAGGCACAUUAACGAAAGGGUUACCUGACUGUUUACCGGAAAAUAAGGUGGCAGAUAGCAGGAAAUGGAUGUGGUCAGACACUCCACUUGAUCCAAGUCCAGGGAUGAAAAAGAUACGAAAUCAAAUGUCAGUUCCUUUGGGUCAGAAAUGUCCAAGUAUGAACGAACAAACCAAUGACCAGGAAAAGGACCACUGUGCAAGGAAAUUCACAGAAAUUAAUGAUUUUCAGAACCAUGCAACAAGAGCAUCUGAAGCUCCAAAACCAGAGCACGUGCUGGUGUGUUGUCAAACACAACAAACUCCUAAUCAGGUGUCAUUAAAUCAAAGCAAUAAAACAGUUGCAAAUAACCAGUCAUCAGUUUGUGAAAUGGAAAAGCUGCCUGAGUCGAGGCCAGACAGUCGGAAUGAAGUUCCUCCAACACCUCCCAAUGAACCUGUGACUCCCAGAAUCAAAAUAGCAUUGACUGCAGUGACAGCUAAAAAGUGCAAAAAGCGACCUUUGCCAUCAACAACCCCUGUUUGCUCAUCUUAUCGUUCUGUUUUUGGAGGAGGAGUAGGAACUUCUCCAUCACAUCAUGUUGAUUGUAGUCCUGUGGUGAACAAUAAUGGUGAUGCGGAUGGUUCUUUCAUAGGGGAAGGCUUUUCCCUUCAACUUUCUCAAGACAAGUUGGCAUUUUCUGCCUCUUGCAGCGCAGAGACAUUGACCAUUAUUGACGUGGCGAGUAGCCGAGUCCUUUUCCAGACAUUUAUAACGGAGUGGAAAACUAAACAAAGAUUUGCACUAGCAGCUGCCUGUGAGAAAAGGGCACGUGUUCUGUCACCCAGCUCAGAGAUAGGUGGCAGGUUUAAACAAGCCCAGGCCACUGUAAAGGUUCAGGUCAAGACAAAUGGAUUUGAAGUGAGCAGUCACAAAGACCUUGUCGUGAUAGGUUUGUGUGUGUCUUGGGGAGGGAAGGAUGCUUAUUAUAUCUCCUUGCAAGAGACUCAGGAAAAUACCGAAGGAGAUUUAAGCAACAGUUUGGCCCCUCCGCCACUAGACCCUGAGCUAUCUGUGAAAGAAAGGCUUCUUCAUGUACGUUCAUGUUUACAGCAAGGUGUAACUACUGAGGCACAGUGCUCUAUUGUUACCUAUGACUUCAAGCAACAGUACAAAACUCUCCUUGAGGCCUGCAACAUCUCCAUGGAAGGCAUUUAUGAAGAUCCAAAGGUGGCGUGUUGGCUUUUGGAUCCUGGCUCCAACGAGAGAACACUUCAUAACAUGGUGACAAAUUUUCUCCCGCAGGAGCUUGCACUGCUGGAAGGAGUGAGCAGCAGCCAUGGUGUUCAGAGUCUCGGGUUGAGUGCAAACACAGAUAUCUCGGGCCGUUACAGAGCCUCCAUAGAGUCAGUGUUGGUCUACGAUAUAAUGAAUCAACUUAAUAUGUUGCUUAAGAAAGAAAAUCUGCAAGACGUGUUUUGGAAUGUUGAAAUGAAGACUCAGUAUUGCCUGGCCUUGCUGGAGAUGAAUGGAAUAGGAUUCAGUACAGCUGAAUGUGAGAACCAGAAGUGCCUAAUGCAGUCUAAGCUAGCUUUCAUAGAGGCACAGACUUACCAGCUAGUAGGCCACAGCUUUUCUCUGACCAGCCCAGAUGAUAUUGCUGAGGUUCUAUUUUCAGAGCUGAAACUUCCUCCUAAUGGGGAUACCAACACUAAUGGCAAGAGGACACUUGGCUCCACAAGGAGAAAAGCACCAGCGGGAAGGCAUUGCAGGCUGGCUAAACAAUUCAGCACAAAUAAGGAAGCAUUGGAGAAAUUGAAGCCACUUCAUCCUUUGCCAGGCUUAAUCUUGGAAUGGAAGAGAAUUACUAAUGCAAUGACCAAAGUGGUGUUCCCCCUGCAGCGGGAGAAGCAACUGCAUCCCCAGCUGGGAAUGGAGAGAAUCUAUUCUAUCUCACAGACACAUAGUGCUACAGGUCGAAUCAGCUUUAUUGAGCCAAACCUGCAAAAUGUGCCAAAGGAUUUUGAAAUUGAAAUGCCAGCAAUGAUCAGAGAGACUGUUCCCUCCCAGGGAACAUACAACGCAGCUGUUCCUACACGAUUCAGGAGAAGGAGGGGCUGUUGUAUAAGGGCAUCUUCCUGCCAGGUUAUGAUGAAUGAUGGAAAGGUGGAUAAAGGGCUGCCAUUUGCUGUUAGUCUAAGACAUGCUUUUGUACCAUUUUCAGGUGGCCUCAUUCUGGCAGCAGAUUACUCUCAACUGGAGCUACGAAUUCUGGCUCACCUCUCCAAGGAUAGGAGCCUUAUUCAAGUCCUAAACAGUGGGGAAGAUGUGUUCAAGAGCAUUGCUGCAGAAUGGAAAAUGGUGGACCCAGCAUCAGUGACUGACAGAUUGAGACAACAGGCCAAGCAGAUUUGUUAUGGUAUCAUUUAUGGGAUUGGAGCCAAGUCUUUGGGUAACCAAAUGGACCUGGAUGAGAAUGAUGCCGGUUGUUACCUAGAAACAUUCAAAUCUCGAUAUAAAGGGAUUCAGACAUUUCUGCAGGAAACAAUAAAAAAUUGUCAGGAAAAUGGAUUUGUUCAAACUAUUCUUGGCCGGAAACGGUACCUUCCAGCAAUAAAGGAUCCCAAUCCUCACAUUAAAACUCACGCCCAACGCCAAGCAGUCAACACUACUGUACAAGGAUCAGCGGCUGAUCUGGUAAAAAUAGCUACUGUUAAUAUUCAGAAACGAUUAGAGGAAACCUUUCCUUCUGUCACCAAGUCACAUGGUCACUGGAAGAGCAUGUUUCAGGGAGAGAGAAAAUUGGAUAUGAUUGAAAGGAAGAAACGGCGAGAAAUGUACCGACCAGAGAGUGGAGGCUUUUUCAUCUUGCAGCUACAUGAUGAGCUGCUUUAUGAAGUUGCAGAGAAUGACAUGAUACAGAUUGCACAGAUACUGAAAAAUGAAAUGGAAAAUGCCAUGAAGCUGCUGGUAAAACUCUGCGUCAAAGUAAAGAUUGGCCCCAGUUGGGGGAACCUUCAAGACUUAGACUUGUAAUGAAGAAUUUGCCAUAUUUAAAAAUGUGGACUACUUUCUUAUGUAUUUAUUUUCUAGCAUUGGACAAAUAGCUUAUAAUUGGUCAUAUUUAAUAUUCAGCUCAGAAAAUGAAAGUUUUUUUAUGGGUUCACUGAAUAUAAUUAAUAUAUUCUUUUAAAUAAAUCAAAUCUGAUAAGCUUUCAGCUCCCUCAAUAUUGAAUUGCUGAUAUUUGCAUUGGAACAUAAAAAUUAGGUUAACCUAAAAUUUUUGUAACUGGGAGUUGGUGAAACUUUGCAAAAAAAAAAAUCAAAAAUAAAUUUGAAUGUAAUGUUCUUGGAUGAACUUAAAGGAAACUAUUUAAGAGAGUUUCUAAAAUAAAAACCAUUUCUAUGACAGAAUUCUCUAAUGGCAUAGCUGCUGUUUUGUGGCAUGGCAUAUUUUAUUAAAUUCAGUUGAAUUUAAUGAAAAGUAAACUUUCAUACAGGCAAGAGAUAUACAUUUUACAUCUUGUACAGAUAUCCAUUUAUCUCACUUGUAACAAUGUUGCGCUGAAUGAAAGCUUUUAAUAACUGCAGUUCAUCUCAUAAAUUAUUUAGCUAGCAGGGAGAAUCUGUAACACAGAAUAUCAUGCAAACACCACCAUUGCUGCUUGGUAUUUGGAGAUAUGCUUAUGGUUAUAAAGCAAGCUGAUUAGCUAGUUUUUCCCUCUUCAGGUGGAUUAUUCUCCCAUAAUAAUUAAGAAUUGGUAAAACUCGUGCCAAUGAGCCCUAAGUUAUUUUGAGUCACUGAUAUCCCUGUACCAAAAGAGUAGUACUCUGAGAGUAAGAUACACCUUAUCUCUCAGCAGGUGAGGAUAUUCUAAACUGCUAGUGUGGUUAUCUACUGCCAACCGUUAAAUGGUAGCAAGAAGUUCAGCUUAUGGUGAUAAAAUUGUACAUAGGGUGGAUAUAUUUUGCAAUGUAAACUGACUUAUUUAGAUUGAAGUGGAAGACUGUAUUUGUUAUACAACUGAAAUGUCUGUACUCAGCAGGUCUGGCAGCAUCUGUGGCGAGAGAAACAGAGUUAAUGUUUUAGUCAAUGCUGAUGAAAGUCACCGACCCAAAAAGUUAACUCUGUUUCUUUCUUCACAGAUACUGCCAGUCCUGAUGAGUAUUUCCAACAUUCUUGUAUACAUUUUAGAUUUCCAGUAUAUGCAGUAUUUUGCUUUAAUGUUGCUGAAAUGUCAGUAGCUGUUAAUGCAACAUUAUUCUUAAGCUUCAAAUCUGUUCAAGAUGAUGAAUUGCUCCGUCAUUUUUUUAAUCCUUUUUUCAAAUAAAGAUUGCUUUUAAGCAUUGUUAUGGCACAACAGAUGGUAAAUGCUGAGCUGUUCAAAUCCCAGAGGGAAACUUGAAACAACAGCCACAACUAUUUUACAAUUUGUAUUUAUUUUGAGAUGCGUGCCUUGAAUUCAGUAGUAAUAAGACCACUGAGUCUCAGGCUUCUUACAAAAACUAAAUGAAACUUUUAUUAAAUAGAAGAAAUGAUUUUAAGCACACAAAUAGAUUUACAAAUGACUACUAUAAUAACUUCUAAAUCCCCUAGUUAAUCUGACACCCAGUUACACCUCUGU